UGGCAACCAUGGAGGAUGACCAACAGCAUUCUGUUAGAUUUUGAGGUGUCUUGCACAAUGACCCAAUAGAAUAUGGUUGCUGCUCCGCACAUAUUUGUUUCAAUAUUUUUUAUAGGACUGGCAGUCGUAGUCCAAGCAGGUAGUCUCAGGCAAUACAGGUCUUUGUUGUUCCCUGCUAAAUGACCACUUUCUCCCUUUCAUUUUGGGAAAAGUAGAGAAAGUGGACAGGAGGAAGACAAAUUUGAGAUGUGGUGCUGAAGAGGAAUUUUAUGGAUACUGUGGACUCCUAACAAGAGAAAUAAGGUCCAAGAGCAAAUCAAGCCUGAACUCUCACUAGACACCAAGAUGACGCAACUGAGGCUGUUUGACUUUGACCAUAUCGUGAGGAGACAGGACUCAUUAGAAAAGACAACUAUGCUUGUUCUCAACAGCAGAGGGGAAAAAACCCUUAAGCUUAAGAGAUCUGCUUUGUUUUUCACUGAAACCUCAUCUGGAGCCAGAUGGAAAGAGAUGGCUACCUGAAGUUACCGUUUCAACUUCAAAGAACUGGAUGAGGAAAAACAGACUAAAACUGAAUCCAGGGUCUGACACUAAGCCAUAUGCCUCAGAGGACUUUGGGCUGCUUCACUCCUCAGAUGGACUUCCUGCUGCUCUCCUAGACCUUGCAUGCCUUACCUAUCCAAUGAAAAUGGCGAGAUUCCAACAAAGCAAGAGUGACAACACCACCAGGCAUUGCCGCUGGAUGAAGAAAAGAGGGCGCCGUGGUGGUAGAUCUGGAAAGCGGAGGGGAGGGAGGAGACGAGGAAGAAGCAGCAAGAAAAGAGGCAAAAGCUGUAGAGGAGGAGGAAGGAGGAGAAGACGCUAAACUGCAGGAUGGCUUGCCAUUGUCCCACGACUUUCAAAGUGAAAGACUAAUACCCUGUUCAGUCUCCUGUUUUAAAUACUGAAAUUCAACCCUGUCACACUCUUCGUGGAACAACAGCCACCUCUAAACAACUUUCUGGCAACUUGAGAUUGAACAGUGUCCUCUUACCAAUAAACUUGGAAAUAUCACCACCGUUACUUUGGUGUUGCUGUGUUGUUGUGUCAUAGGAUCAAUUUUUUGCAAAGUAACCUAUUAUCUGAAUGAACUGGUGCAGCGGUUUCCAAACUUUGGUCCUCUGGAUGUUUUGAACUUCAACUUCCAGAAACCCCGGCCAGCUUGGUCAACAGUCAGGAAUUCUGGGAGCUGAAGUUCAAAACAUAUAGAAGACCAGAGUUUGGGAAUCACUGAAUUCUGAUGGAUUCACAGGACAGCUGGACAGCCAGAAUGCUUGAUAAAGCACAGCUUAAGAUGGAGAAAAAGAAUCUGGAUCUCAGUCCUUCCUUCAGUAGACUUCAUGUGAGAAACUGCAGUGGACAUCCAAGCACCUGUAACAUGGAGACCAAUAUUUCCUAUGUGGAUUUUUACCUCCACCAGCCAUUCAUAGCUGCCAUUUUCAUCAUCUCCUACCUUCUCAUCUUCCUCCUGUGCAUGAUUGGCAAUGGAGUGGUCUGUUUCAUCGUCUUGCGGAGCAAACACAUGCGCACUGUUACCAACCUCUUCAUCUUGAAUCUUGCUGUCAGUGAUCUGCUGGUGGGGAUAUUUUGCAUGCCUACCACCUUAUUAGAUAACAUUAUAUCAGGAUGGCCCUUUGGGAAUAUUGCCUGCAAGAUGAAUGGUAUGGUCCAGGGAAUAUCAGUCUCAGCUUCUGUCUUCACUUUGGUGGCAAUUGCUGUUGACAGGUUCCAUUCUAUUGUUUAUCCAUUUAAACAAAAGCUCACCAUAUGGACAGCAGUUGUCAUUAUAGUUAUCAUUUGGGUUCUGGCCAUUGCCAUUAUGUGCCCUUCUGCCGUGAUGCUGAAGGUGGAAGAAGAAAAACAUUUCCGUGUGGUGCUUGAUGAUGGCAACAAAACCAGCCCCAUAUAUUGGUGUCGGGAGGACUGGCCCAACCAAGAUAUGAGAAAGAUCUACACAACUGUACUGUUUGCCAAUAUCUACUUGGCACCUCUUUCUCUCAUUGUCAUAAUGUAUGCUCGGAUAGGGAUCACCCUCUUCAAUACAUCACUGCUAGCCUGUGGGAAACAAGGCCAAGAGCGCCACUCUGUCCAGAAGAAGAAGCUCAAGGUCAUCAAGAUGCUCAUCAUCGUAGCCCUGCUUUUCAUCCUCUCUUGGCUGCCAUUGUGGACCUUAGCAAUGCUCUCGGACUAUGCUGACUUGAGUGAGGAUCAGUUGCAAAUCAUUAACAUUUAUGUCUACCCUUUUGCACAUUGGUUGGCCUUCUUCAACAGCAGCAUGAACCCCAUCAUCUAUGGGUUCUUCAAUGAGAACUUCCGCCGAGGUUUCCAAGCAGCCUUCAGGUUUCAGCUCUGUUCUGGGGAUGGGAUUCCCAGGGAGAUGUAUUCUCAGCGAGGACCAAGCAAUGCCAUUUUGCCUGUAGCUGUCCCCCAAGAAGCAUCACACAAUCUUUCACCCACAAUUGCAGAGGGAUCAGUUCCACAAGGGAACUGGGUGGGCACCACCCAAGUUUUGAUGAUGCAAAACCUAGAGAAGGGUUGUAAGAACAAUGGUGUGAAACAAGACUUGGUAUAAACUACCUUGGUUGGGUGGCUUUGGUGAACUAGUCAUGACCUUGAAGCUCUAUCUGACAAAAUGACAAAAGCUAUUUUAGGACUUUGAUACUUGUACAGUAUGUACGUUUUAUAUCAUAUUGUCAUAGGGAGUGGGGAAUAUUGUACUUAUAUCAGUAUGAAUCUGGAAACUAAAGGUCUGGACACAAAGGGGUCUGAAGAAUAUUUGAGAUAGCUGGAUUUGUUUAGUAUGGAGGCGAGGUGAUAUGAUAACCAUUUCCAAAUGCCUGUCACAUAGAUAGUAAAGCAAGUUUGUUUCCGGCUGUUCUAGAGAGCAGAGCCCAAACCAGUGAGUUCAAAUUGUAAGAACAGAGAUUCUGGCUAAACUUUAGGAAGAGUUUCCUGAUGGUAAGAGCAGACUGCCUCAGAAGGUGGUAGACUCUCAUUCAUUCAAGGUUUUUAAACAAAGAUUGGAUGGUUACCUGGCAAGAAUGCUCUAACCGUGGGUUGGACUACAUGGCAGCUGGUCUCUCAUCCAGUUCUGAAGUUCUGUGACUCUAGUUUUAUGUUACUGAGGGGAGCCAGCAAGAUGUAGUAGUUUGACCAUUGGACUUUGACUUUAGAAACCAGGGUUCCAAUCCCUGCUCAACCAUAGAAAACCACUGGGUGAC